AGCAACACUCGCGGCGCCGCCCCGCCUAGCGCGCGAGCCUGCGAGGUGUGGUGGCGAGGCACAACAUGGCGGUCUGAGGGCACCCCGCUGGACGAUUACUACCACGGAAGAACAAACUUUUCUCGCGGAUAUCGAAGAGUGCGGUACAGGUGUUAUCGAAGCAUAUAGUUCCUGGAAUAUAAGGGUGAAAAUUAAGAGUGUAUAAUGUGACCACAAGAGUUCCAGGAACCAUGCCACUCAUCUCAAAGUUCAUAGAUAUAUUCAAGAGUGGAUCUUCAGCCAAGAAGAAAAAACAUUUUCACAAUGUUCGUCUGGACAGCCCUGAAGAAUUCUGGGAGAUUAUUGGGGAGCUUGGAGAUGGAGCCUAUGGCAAGGUGUACAAGGCUUUACACAAAGAAACUAAGCAACUUGCAGCCCUCAAGCAAGUUGCACUGGAGGAGGAAGAGGAUCUCGAGACAUUUAUGAUAGAGAUUGAUAUUCUCGCUGAAUGCAAGCACAAGAAUGUUGUAGAAUUACUAGAAGCAUACCAUUAUGAUGGGAAACUUUGGAUGUACCUGGAAUAUUGUGAUGGAGGGGCUAUGGAUUCUGUAAUGGCUGAUCUUUAUCGACCUCUCACUGAACCCCAAAUUGCUUAUGUUUGUAAAUAUCUUGUUGAAGCCCUAGCCUAUAUCCACUCUCAUAAGGUGAUACACCGGGACCUGAAAGCGGGUAAUGUUCUUCUGACCAUGGAAGGAGGAGUGAAAUUAGCCGAUUUUGGAGUCUCAGCCAAAAAUAAAAACACAUAUGACAAAAGAGGAACAUUCAUUGGAACGCCGUAUUGGCUGGCACCGGAAGUCAUCUUGUGUGAAACAUUUAUUGAUGCCAAAUAUGACUACAAAGCUGAUGUAUGGUCAUUGGGUAUUUCACUUAUUGAGUUUGCCCAGAUGGAUCCUCCUAAUCAUGAAAUUUCUCCCGUCCGUGUCAUGCUCAAGAUUCAAAAGUCAGAUCCUCCCAGACUAGAUUACCCUUCCAAAUAUUCCAAAGAGUUCAAUGACUUCAUCAGCAAGUGCCUUGUGAAGGAUCCUGCCCUGAGACCAACAGCUCCAGAACUCCUAAAGCAUCCAUUCAUCAGCAAAGACCUUGACUCUAAGCCCAUCCGAGAUCUGCUGCUAGAGUACAAGGCUGAGGUUGUUGAUGAGGAGGUUGAUGAAGAUGGUGAUGAUCAGCGCAUUUCCCGGAUUAGUGAAGAUGAACCUAGUCAUGAAAGCCCAUUCUCAGACUCCACCACUACCUUAUGUAAUCUCCGGAAUGAUGAUAGUACUGUAGAAGAAAACAGGCCGCCAUCAGCAAAAGAAAAGAGUGAGGUGGUGGUGCCAGCAUUAGGUGAGCGGAGAAAGGGACCUGCUCCUCCCCCCCCAAUUGCUGGAAGUUCAGCCAGCACCCCAACUUCUAGUGCUAGUUCUACCCCUGCAAAGAAGGGUCCUGCACCUGCUGUCCCAGCUAGCACCACCCCUAAACCUAGAGCCCCCUCUCCUGUUGAUACAUCCUCUAAUGCUGAAGUAGGUGAGUCAGUAGUGACUACUCCAGCCCCAGCCAUCAGUGAUAUAAAUAAACAAAUGACAAGCACCCCCUCAGGAAAGAGCCAGCCACCUUUGCCUGUCACUAUUAAUGAAAGUCCAGUGCCUACUAAAGAAUCUAUGUUAGUACCCGAAGUCGAUACUUCAGUCAAGGAAAAUAAUUCUUCCGUCCCAAGUGAAGAGAAUGAAAAUAAAGAAAGGUCAAGUGUAUCUAAUAUUUCAACCAAAUCUAAAGACACACACAUGAUGGAUUAUAAUGAGGCUGCUGAGAAAACACCAGGCAAGGAAAGAGAUGGCAAUGACAGUACAAGAUCUCUAUGCAUGGAUGAACAAUUAAAUGAAAGAAUGGAAGAUGUUACUGACACCAAUAAUGAAAAUACUGAAAUUGCAGUGUCAGAGGAAAAUCAUGAAUCUGAUAUGGAAUUGCCAUCAGCCCAGAAAUUAGAGGAACUUGAACAGGGCUCACUCAGUACUGAAAUAAAAGUAAAUCCAGUUCAUGAAAGUGAAAUAGAUAUUGGAACGCCUGGUGUUAAUAUGCUCACGAAUGAGUCUUCAUUACACCCUCAAGCAUCAGAUAUAUCAUCUUCCACUUCCAGUUCACCAUCUGUUAUUUCAACUGACCAAAGUUCUAAUGAACAGAAUUCACAGGAAGCACCAGUAAUGCCACCUUCUGCAUUCCUAACUCCAACUUCACCAGAGGCAGUUAUUGCUUCCAUAGGCAGUGAUGCUACAGUAAUUGUCCGUACUCCCACUCCAACCCCUCAGGAGUCAACACAACCUGUGAAAAAAGAUAGUGUUGUCACAUAUUCUGGUCCUGCAAUUGUUGAGAAGGACUUAAAAACAGAACCUUCAACUCACGAAGACUCAAAUCCUACCUCGAAAAUAUCCUCCACAUCCUCUUCAUCAGUGUCUGAGGCAGAAGAACAGGCAAUACUCUGCUUAGAAUCAGCCAUUGAGAGUGUUAUGGAUGUAGCAUUAAUUAAGAGUACCCAAGACCUUGAAAAGGAUUCAACUGUUACUCUUAGUGGGUCCUCAGUUAUUCUGUCUCCAGAUGAAGAGGAGAUGAGGAAAGAAGAUGUGCCCAUUGCUGAAGCUGUAUCCUUAGAUUCCCUUCCAAAAGAAAAUAAGCCAGAGGGCAUCACGGAGGUUCAUGUACUUCCAAAUGAUGGCCAUAAGUUAGAUGAAAGUGAAGUUGUGAUCUGCAAUUCUUCUAUACUUCAUGAGGGUCAGCAACCAGAAUCUCAUUCAUCUACACAGUCUCGAUAUGAAGUGACAGUUGAAGAAACUAAAGGAGAAGUUGUCUCUCCACUUCCAUCCACAAAUGACACCACCCAUAUUUCUGUUGUGUCAGUGGAUGCCUUGGAAGAAAAAGCAGAUACUAAGAGAGUAGAAAAUACUCCUUCCCCUGAAGCAACAUCAACAGCUCUUGUUGAUCAGAAGAGCCCAACCAAGAAGUCUCUUGUUCAAACUGAGACAGACCACCAGGGACACUUGGAAACCUCAUCAAACAUUUCCAACAUUUCAAAUGUCAGUGGGGGUACAGCCUCAACUGGACAGUCUGAAAGCUCGGCAGAAGAGGAAAAUCGACCCGCUUUGUCUGUUCACAUUGAGGGUACAACUGUCGAGGCAACAGAUGUGGAUGAUGAUGAAGUGUUUAAUAACUCAGAGCUUGUUGCUAAGAGCGCCUCAGUUCCAUGCUCCCCAGAGGUGAAGAUUCUUUCUAAUGGUGUUGGCAAGGAGACUCAUAGAACAACAGAAAAAUCUGACUGGGAUGCCGUAAGCACAACUAGUUCAGAAAAGGAAAACAGGCACAGAGAAAAGGACGAUGAAAGUCUGGAUGAGGUUGUCUUGAGAAGAUCACAAAGAAGUAACUCUUCAGACAUUUCACUUCAGCCUUUAGACAAGAACAAAGAAAACAGGCACAUGAGAAGCAAAGCAGAGAAUGAUUUGGUUGCUCUUCGUAAGAAGACUAGAAAGCGCACCAGGAAAUUUGUUGUUGAUGGCGUAGUUGUUACAACAAGACAGGUGUUUUAUGAAGAUGAAGGAACUGCAACAGGACACUUUGCACGAAAGCAGGAAUUACGAGAAUUGAAGAUCCUCCAGAAAAUCGAACAAAAGCAGUUUCAAGAAUUAGCUGUUAAAGCAAACUUUGCCAAAGCUGAACAAGAUAAAAAAUUUGAAUUGGAAAAGCAACAACUCUUACGGACUUAUGACACUGAUAUUGAAGCCUUGAAUAGGCAGCAAAAGCAACAAGUGGAAAAAGCAGAAAGUUUACAGGAAGUGGAAUUGAAAAAUGCAAGUAAGAAAAUAAGGGCUGAGCAAGAGCGAGAAUUAAAAGCCUUUAGAGAAUCUCUCAAGACAGAGCUGAAACUCUUGAAACAAGAGAUUGAUUUGCUACCUAAAGAGAAGCGAAAGGACAUCUUUAAAACCCGCAAAGAACGUUUGGACAUGGACCAAAGUGAGAGGGAAAAAGCAUUCCUAGAAAGGCUUCAUGAAUCUCAUGAGGUAUCUCUUAAAAGAUUAGGCGACGAUCACCGUGAAAGAAUAGCUCUCCUUGAGCGCCAGUUCCUCCAGCAGAAGCAUCAGCUCCUAAGAUCUAGAGAGUCAGCCCUCUGGGAGAUGGAGGAAAGGCACCUUCAUGAAAAACACCAGUUAUCCAAGAGGCAACUUAAGGAUAUAUUUUUCCUUCAAAGACACCAGAUGCUCCUGCGCCAUGAAAAAGAAUUGGAGCAGGUGAAAAGAGUGAACCAGCAAAAGGAAGAGGAACUUAUAAAGAGACAGCAGGUCGAGAAGCGGCAGUUGCCCAAAAGAAUUCGCCAAGAAAUGAAAGCACGCGAGCUUAUGUUCCGAGAGAGCAUGAGGAUCAGCACAUCACAUCUUCCUGACUCUCAUGAGGAUGAGAAAGAUAAGAUCAGAAAGUUCCAGGAGAAUGAAAAGCGCAGGUAUGAAGCAGAGAAGAAACGUGCAGAACAAAAACAUCUGCGAAAGUUAGAAGAACUUCAGGCAGCCUCUGAAUACACAGUCAAAGAAUUAGAACAAUUACAGAAUGAAAAGCGAAAGAUGCUUAUGGAGCACGAAACAAAUAAGCUCAAAUCACAAGAUGAAGAGUACCAGAGAGAACUGCGAGAAUGGAAGGAGAACCUGAAACCCCGUAAACAGAAAUUGGAAGAGGAAUUUGAGAAACAACUAAAUGAACAGGAACAGUUUUAUGGAGCUUAUUUAAACAGAAGUCUUGGUUCAGCCUUAACUCCUUCACAGUCAUCAUCCAGUCUUGCUCGAUCUAAUACAUCUUAGAUUAUACAACUGAAAGGUGACAGUAUUUUUACAUAUUCAAAGUCAGCCUAGUAUAUGUAUAUUGUAGUUCAUUUUAUAUGAAUAGCAACAUAGUUGUUUAAGAAUCUUACACUCCAUAUAUUAUAUAUAUUAUUAUUAAUGGUGUUCAUGCUAUAACUGAAGAAGAAUCAAAUCUUGAAAUACACUUUACCAAGAGGAUUUUUCCAUAUGUAAAGUUUUGCAGUUAAAAAUGUAUAUUGGUACAGUAAGAUAUUGAUAAUAGGUCAGUUUUGUGUACUUCCAUGGAGUAAAUAAUUAGGAAUGAAGUCAUCGCUUCAUCCUCUGUGUUAUGAUAUAUUUCCAGUGAAUUCUAUACCUAGGAAAAUAAUGUUCUAAAAUAAAGUAUGAAGUGAAGUAAUCACAGUGUAGAGUCUCAGUCAACCUGGCUUAACAUGAGCCCAUUAUCAUCUUCACUUGUGUUAAGCUGAUGUGUACAUUAUGAAUACUUGUAAAGAAAAAUAAGUAAAUAAAUAAAGUUAAAUGAUAAUUACGCCAGAUAAACUCUUGGGCCAUGCAAUAAACCUUUUACUUACCUUUUGCAAAAUACCUCCCAUUUGUCCGUUUCAUUUAAGGCCAAGGUUAGCUCCUCUUUUUUUUUUUUUUUUUUUUUUUUUUUUUUUCCUCCAACACUUAACUAAAAUGUUUCUUGACCAAGCUGCUCUUACCUGUAAAAUAUAUAAUAAUUUUUUUUAUUUUGUUUUCCUUAUUUUGUUUGAAUAAGUAAAGGUAUGUCAAUCAGUUUCAUAGGAUGCAUUUUUAACUUAAAACUACUGGUAUUGUGAACUGACUGCUGCUGCAUAGUUUAGAAUUUACUUUACAACAUGAGUUUACAAUGUCAACUGAAGAAUAAAGGAACAAAAUAUUAAUAAAAAAACUAUUCACAGAUGCCCAAAACAUUCAGUAAAACAAGCAACAUAUUUAUCCUGCUAUUUUGAAACUAGCUUGUAAGAAAUCUUUACAUUAAACCUAGAAAAUAUUUUUGCAAAGUUCACACAACCAGAGGGAAAGUAUUACAAGCCGGUUAGUAUUUUUUUUACAUAGUUCUUUAAAAAUAAACAAGUGUUUAUUUUUUUAUAUUAUGUUCAGAUGAUAGACACCUUUUGAAAUAAUUACAGGUAACACUCGAUUUACGCGAGUUUGGUUUACAUGUUUUUUUUAAAUAAUGCGGGGUCCAAAAUCCAAAUAAAUAUUUAAUUUACACGUUUUUUCACUCAUACGCGAUAUUUUAUGGAGUGGCCACCAGAUGUCUCACGCAACUGGACUCUCACGGCGCCACGGCCACAUACCUGAGCUCAGUUCUUCCCGCGCGCCACUUGAACAAUACAGUACCCACGCUGCCACGCUAUUCAACAAUAGGGGUGGGCAGGUACCGGUACCAGUACUGGUACUAAAGGUACCAGCUAUCUCUGAUGCACCGGUACCAGACUGCUCGGUACCAGUACCAAUACUAGCCAGUCGUUCAUGGUGUCCCUCAUUUCUUCCUCACACGAGUGAGACUGAGACUGAGUGCCUGAGUGGAUAUCUCAGUGAUGUGGAUACUCUCUCUCUCUCUCUCCACUGAAUGAAGUGAAUAAUUAUUUUUCGAUAGAAACCUACCUCUUGUUUGAUUUACAUUGUUUUUGAUUUACGCGACCUCUUCAAGGACACAAUAUUCACGUAAAUCGAGAGUUACCUGCAUUGAUUUAUAUUGUGUAACCUGCACUUGAAAUUUAUAGCAGACCAAAAGUCCAGUGUUUGCAGUAGAUGUGCUAUAUAUUUUCUUUUCUUAAAACAUUUUGCUCAUGUGACCAUAACAUCUUUGUAUUUGGUCACAGCAUUUUGAAGCCAAAUUUUAUGAAAUAUAAUGUGUGAAAAUAUUUGGCUGUUAACAGUCCUGCAAUACCAAAAGUCUUGCUUGUGCAAUAUACAAACAUGACUAAAUUAAUUUCUAGAUAAACUUUACUUGUAUUUGUUA